AUGCCACUUCAUGGGCGUCAUUCACUCGCUUCCAUGUUGCUGGUUGUGGGUUACAAGUUGUUGGUCUCCGUUAGACGGGCAGGGUUUGCGUCGCUGGUGUCGAAGCUACGCCACGAGAACGAGGCGAGGGAGAGACAGCUGCAGGAACUGUCAGAGGAGAGUGACCAGCUGGUGAGGGGCAAUCAGCAAUGGGGGAAAGGAGUGGUGAAGGGGGAAAGGAGCGGAGAGGUGCUCCUCACACCUCACACCUGCACGUCCUCCCUGCCCCCACAGGGGCACCAGGCGGUGGAUUGGCAGCAGGAUAUGGUGAACGCGCGGAGGUACGAGGCGACCCGUGAGCAGCGGCUGGCCAGGGCGCAGGAGGAGGUGCAGCAGCUACAGACAAAGCUGGCCGCCCUGCCGGAGGUGGAACCGCCCACGGCUGAUGCGGUGCGUGAUGGGAAUGGGGGAUGA